AUGUUGUUCAUGAUAUUCCUUCUAUCCCUUACGUUGUCCGCCUUCUGCAGUCCCAUCUACUCAGACCAGCCAAUACCCAUGAUAAUUGAAAUCCCCACCGACGACAUACGAUCCAUGGCCAACGUGAAACGACAACUAAAAGGUACAGUAACCCGCGACGAAAGCGAUACCGUAUAUUCAGCCUUUGCAGAGCCCACAAAUACACGCAAAUUGAACGCGAUGAGUAUGAUGCGGGCGUUGAUCAACCUAAGACGAUACUGA